AUGACCGAACGUAUUAAUUGUCAAAUUCCUUUAUUUGCAUUAACUCGAGACAAUACAAAUUACUUUGCUGCAGGUGGUGGUGGAAGUUGUAAAAGUGGUAUUAAAAAUGGUAUAAUGAAGAUUCCACAACUUGGAGGAAAACCAAAGUUUUAUGAUACAGGAGAUGCAUCAAUUUCAUGUAUCAUUUCUAUUAAAGAUCCAAAAGAAACAGAUAAAAGACUUAUUAUUUAUUCUGCCAAUGAAUAUAUUUAUAUUGCUAACGAAGAAUUAGAAGUUCAAAGCAAGUUACAAGGAUUAGAAGUAGAAAAUGCUGAAGAAGAGAUGAUUGAAGUUAAAGUUAUGAAGUAUACUAAAAAAACACAGUCACUAUUUGUUGGAUGGAGUAAUGGUGUUGUUCAAAAAUAUCAUUUAGAGAAUAAAAAAUUAGAACUGAUUAAAUUGUUACAAAAAGAAACAGGAAAAGAUGUUAAUGGUAUGUGUAUUUCAGCUCAUAAGAAUAGGCUAUUUGUUACAUCUCAUAAUAGAAAAUUAACUGUUUAUGACACUGAUUCAGGUGAAGUUUUAAAAAGUAUUUAUCCUGAGGACUUAAAUAAAAAAUGGGAUAAUGCACGUUUCUGGGGUUGUAUAAUUAGUUAUAAUGGAGACGAAGCAAUUCUUGGAUUAAUGGAAAAAUAUCAUCCAUCAUAUUUACUUGUUCUUGAUUCAUACAAAUUUACAUUAAAGAAAACUUUAUACUUAUGUAAAUCUCAAAUUUCUUCUCCAAUUACUACUGAACGAGCAAGAACACUAGCUAGUGUAGGAUGUUCAGAUGGAACAGUAGUUGUAAUUUCUUUAUUAAAUUAUAAAAUAUUGUCUAUCAAAAAACAUCACUCAUUUGUUAUUCCUGCUACAACCAUUGAUUUUAAACAAACAGUAGCAACAGUUUCUUUAGACUAUAAUUUUGUAGUAACACCAAUAACGAAUAAACCAUAUGGAUUUAUCAUUUUGGGAAUUCUUAUGUUGUUUUUGGCUUGUUGUGCUUUUUACUAUAUGAAGAUGCACUCUCACUAA